AUGGAAAGUCUCCGUAACGUCUUUAGUACAGUACCCACUGAAGCGCUUAUGCGAGUUCUUGAAAUGUGUGGCCAAAAUGUCGUCAUGGCAUCUGCUUGGCUACUCGAAAACGACUGGCGGGAUGUCAUGGAUGCAGAAUACGACCAUGUUGCUGCUAUUUCUACCAGUGUGAUGUCAGAUGGACCUUCAUCACUGCAUACUGCAAAUAUUGAUGCGAUGGAUGCAACGUCAGUAGUCUCGGAGCACAACCGAACAAUGAUUGUAUCGACGGAAGGAAAUAACAGACAGGAGCGAAAUGACAGUAAUGAUAAUCACUAUGAUCGUCGCUGGAUGACGGUGCCGCCUUUGACUAAAAGGACAAAGAUCAGCAAGACGAGAGAAACGAAAUUGCAUGCUAAUGAAGACGACUUUUGGGUCACUUUUGACGGCCAGGUUGUGGUCAAGAGUAUGAUAGAAUUGUUGAAUACGACGCUGAGCAAGCUGGCGCAUAGCAAAGUGGUUUUGUUGAACCAGCCAGCACUGGAGUUGGAUCGAGCGGCAGCAACAAAGAAACUGAAGUCAGUACUAGCAUUAGAGGAAACAGUUGAUAACGAUUACGAUGUGACUAGCGGACAAAUCCAGUCUCCUCGACAUGCGAUCAAUCGAAUCACUAUGGCUAAUUUGCUCAAUGGAGACACUCCUGCUGGUGAAAAGUCUAGAAACUCGCCAUCUUUGAUUUUAGCAACGAACGCGAUCUCUGAAACAUCAAUUUGUCAGAAACGAAAGCGAAGAGAUAUAGCGAAAGCAGGAUGUACUCCGUGCCAAGGUUUUUUUGCUCACUUCUUUCCUGUAGGCGAACUCGAUAUGGUAUGGCGCACUGUGAUGCACGCACACUUAUUAAAGAGACAAUUUGGGGAGAAGAUUGAGUUUCAAACUGCAUCAGGGGGGCUGUUUCGGAAGCGGGAUUUUGACGAGCUCAUGCAUCUUCAGAACUCAGUAGCACCGUCUCGUGCCGCCUCAAUAAGUUUCUCUCCAUUGUCAAUGCUUAAGUGCUGUAUAAUCCUUCCAUGCCCCGCAAAUGAAGGAGAGAUGUUUCGAGUCGGAAGAAACAUGCACAGCAUAUUGAAGGUGCAGGGCGGUCUGUAUUACAGAGUGCUAGACACACCACCCUUCACAAGCACUUCCAGCCCUUGUGAUGAUCGUCAUGAGCUGCUGAACGAAGCCGAUGAGAUGACUGAAGAGUAUUUUCGCCGAUUUGCGCGAUAUCGUAUUAUGGAAAAGGAGCCGAUUACUACAGGGACUACUAAGGUUGGCGGGGAUCCUUUCAUGUCGUAUCAAGAACCCCGCAAGACAAAGUAUUGUCUUGAGGUGCUUGACACAUUCAAAUGGACUUUAAGUCUCGAUGAUUGA